GUAUGAUUAAUAGAACAGAGCUUGUGAGUCAGCUGAUCGUUCUGUCGCAAAGGGGUUUUUGUAAAUUUUAUUCGUUCGUAUUUUUAUGAAGAAAUUUGUUCGGUAUUUUCCGUGAAGACAGAAGUAAAUCGUCGUAAAAUGAGUGACAGUGAUAGUGACGACUGGUCUGAAGAAUGGGUUCCAUAUAGCCAGCGCAACGAGUGGUCUGAUGUGAUUCCUAUUCCACAAGAUGAUGGCGAGCACCCCGUGGUUGCUAUAGCUUACAGUCCCAAAUUUCGCGAAGUCUUCGAUUACUUUCGAGCUGUUCUCACGCAUAAAGAAAAAUCACGUCGAGCGCUUGAGCUGACGGCAGACGCUCUUCGACUAAAUCCAGCUAAUUAUACAGUGUGGCAGUACCGGCGUGAUAUUUUAAGGGCGUUGGACUGCGAUCUGUACGAGGAGUUGAAUUAUUUGGAUGAAGUUAUACGUGACAAUGCGAAGAACUACCAGGUUUGGCACCAUCGACGUGUUAUUGUGGAAAUGUUAAAUGAUUCCUCAAAAGAACUGGAGUUGACUGAGAUAGCUCUGGAGCGCGAUAACAAAAAUUACCAUGCUUGGCAACAUCGGCAAUGGGCCAUAAAAACAUUCGAUCUCUUCGAAAAUGAACUAACAUUUGUGGACCGCCUGAUUGCGGAAGAUAUUCGUAACAACUCCGCAUGGAAUCAACGCUUUUUUGUACUUAAGCACUUCGGUUUUACUCCCGAAGUUGUGCAACGAGAGACUCAGUAUACAAUGAAUCGCAUACGCGUUGUAAAAAACAAUGAAAGUGCUUGGAAUUACUUAGGGGGAAUUCUAAGGCAAUGUGCAGAUGAGUCAUACAACCAAAACUCGGAUGUUUUAGCAUUUUGUGAAGAAUUGUACGCGAAUGGGGUACGUUCGCCGUAUCUUCUAGCAUUCCUAAUCGAUAUGUAUAGAGAGCAGUGCUUACAACAAAGUGAGACAGCUGAGUCUGAAGUGUUGUCGAGGAAAGUAUACAACCUUUGCAGCGACAUGUCUAAAACACAUGAUAUUGUGCGAAGUAAAUAUUGGCAAUAUGUUGCAGAUCAAUUAAAGUCAAAACUAUCGCAAAAGUGAGAAAGUGCAUUGCGGUAUUUUGGGUAUAGUCAUUAAGUCGAUAAUUUGGUUAAAUUUUUUACAACAUUUGUGUAUAAUAUAUUACUGUAUUCUUAUAAAAUAUUAAUAAAACACCUCGGAAAUUUCAA